UACAGUAUCACAAGAUUGUUAAACGAAGGCUGAGUAAAACAUUAGUAAGCUAUUCUUCUAAGAUUUGGCAUACUACCGUGACAAUUUCCUUUUAAAAACCGGUCUUUUGUUAUUAGUUAUUACACAGACAAGUAUCCUGCUGCACACGCUAUAGCUUCAGUCACACAGAAUAUGCACGCAAAAACGCAUGCGUUUGCAGUAUAUGUGAUUAAGCUCUCAUAUGGUGCUUAUUUGUGCUACCGAAAUUAACCGAAAACAUCUACAACACCACUAAUAUAUUUUUCACUGUAACAGAAUGGCUCUUCACGAAGUGAAGAUGGCCACUCUUCCGCGCACAUCAUUCGACUUUGAUCACUACGAUCCGGAAGCAUCGGUACGCACCAUUCUCCAGCAUUUCCGCCCGGAUUGGUUUGAGCGACUGGAAAGUGAGCGACUGAAAAUCGAAGAUGUCACGGGUGGGUACACGAAUAAACUCGUGGUGAUAUAUUUUGACGAGGAUCCGCUGGAGAAAAUUCUGAUCCGAAUCCACGGAGAGGACACCGAGAAGAACAUUGACCGCAAGGCCGAGCUGCGCACGCUGCAGAUCCUGUCUGAAAGGAAGAUCUGCGGAGAGGUGUACGGUGUGUUUGGAAAUGGCAUGUGUUAUGAGUAUGUCAAAGGGGAAGCGCUGGAGCAGGAAAUGACGGCCGAUCCACACAUCAGCAAGCUCGUCAUUGAGAAAAUGGUGCAUUUGCACUGCAUUUACCGCCAUAAGGGAUCCCAUCCACACACUUCCCUCUUCGACAAACUUCACACCAUGCUGCGGCAAUCUCCCAAAACAUUCAGCGAUCCGACCACUGAAAACACAUUUCGCUCGCUGGAUUUCCCGAAUCACAAAUACUUCGAAGCCGAAAUUAAUUUCCUGCAGACGGAGCUGACCGUCCACGAGAGCAACGUCUCCCCGGAAGUCUUCUGCCACAAUGACCUUUUCUACCGCAACAUCCUGUACGACGAGGACGCUGACCAGAUCCGCUUUAUCGACUUCGAGUACGCCGGUCUCAACUAUCAAGCGUACGAUAUUGGCAAUCACUUCAACGAAUGGUGUGGCGUGGAUGAUGUGGAUUACAGUCGGUAUCCCAGCCGGGAAGUGCAGAUGGUCUGGUUGCGAUAUUAUCUGCAAUGCUGGCAUCAUGCCCACGGACGGGAGGGGGAUGUGGUGGGCGAGGAGGAAGUGGAACGAAUGUAUUUGACGGUCAACCGGUUCGCCCUGGUGGCGCAUCUGUUCUGGAUUAUCUGGAGCUUCCAGCAGGCGGAGUCAUCCAGUAUUGAGUUUGAUUAUCUUACAUAUGGCAAGAAACGGUUGGAUGAAUAUCAGAAGCGGAAAGCAGUACUAUUUUAAUACUUUGUAUGCUGCAUCCGUUAAAGUUUUAAGUCAAGGUUGUUAACGGAUCAUGGUGUUUUAUUUUGUUGUAUGAUACACGUUAAACCUGAAUGCUUUCUCAAUAGUUCUAUUGGAGUGCAAACAGUAGUAAAAAAGUUUUUGG